AUGUCGAACUCAGACUCAACAUGGCAGCAAGACUUUGCCUUCCGGCAUCGUAUCUUGCUCGUCGUUGAGCAUGCCUCAACCAACCAGACUCGCGCUACACAAUACGUUUCCGUCGACCUCGUUCGAAAUGGUGUCACCUACAUCAUUCUCUACUCGAUGUUUGCAACCCUUCUCUUCGUCCUUCUUUGUGCCGUUCUGUUCAAGAAUGGUCUCAGUCCACAGAAGCGUCGUCUCCCUUUCGUCUGGGUGCUCGGUAUCGCCAUGCUAGGAGGCUUGCUAGGCUCGACGCUCAACACCGUCUUCUGGGCAUAUCAACUCUUCGGCAACGUCUCAGAAGGAACCAUGUUCCGACUCUGGAUGUCGUCCACAGCCACACUCUAUCUCGUGCCGCUCAUCACACACGUCGCCAUCGAGCUUCGUCUGCUUUCCUUCUACCCCCCAACUCUAGCGAGCCGACGCAAGCGCAUCUUCAUUGGCAUCAUCCCAUCCCUCAUGAAAGUAGCACGUCUCACCUCCAUCUGCAUCACCCUCAACCGCUCUGCCGUUGCCUACCACCAGAAUGGUUUCGGUGUCACAGUCUCCAAAGCAACCAACGACAUCAGCAACCUCUUUACCCUCAUCUUCCAGCUUGUCGACACACUCUAUGCCUCGGCCAUUCUCCUUUGGCGAUACUGGCAUCUCGGUCGUCGCGACAACGAAUUGAUGAACAAGAAGUCUCAUCCUGCUGUUCGAUGGGCCAAGCAGCUUGGUUUCGCCAUCGCCUUUGGCUACGUCUUGCCCACCAUCUACGCCCUUGCUCUUGUGCUUUGCAAAGCUUUGUCACUAUCGCCUGUCGACAUGGGUUUCAUGCUCGUUGCCAACGUCUACGUCCAGGCAUUCGGUGCUGUCCUUGCCUCCUUGUCAAGUGCUUACAAGUGGAGGGAAGAUCGCUUCACCGACGACUUGGCACCCGACAAUGCUGUGCUUCCAGGCAUGCGAGAUGCCAACGAUCUGUUCGCAACUGGUGCAACACCCACAUGCGACACACGCCACGUCCCUGCUCUCGAAUCGGUCGUGUUCGAGACACCAUCACGGCCCAACUUCAUCACCUCUCGCCUCCCAUCACUCGACUCUCGGCAGCGUGGGUUGAACAGUCACAGCUUGCAAAAUGUCGAUGCAGGUCUCACGGGCAUCACGAUCGAUGGCAACGGCGUUACAACACCUCGCGGCAAUACUGCAGGCGACAUCUCUCCAAAGUCUUCCGCACACCAGGUCAGCAAUAGCUCCACCAACGAGGAGCGCUCUCAGUACCUUCCUGUCAGCGCACCUGGCACCAACACCGAUGGCAUCUCAAUAGACUUUCCCAUCAACUACGCUCUGCAGCAUCACGAGUCCAGACGCUCAUCUGACGCUACUCUCUUCGCGCCUUCUGGCGGCUUGAAUGAGAAGACUGAUUUUUCUUUCAGUCGGCCAGGAAGUCGACCUGGCAGCAGCGGGACAAGAAGCAUUCAGCGUUUGGACUCCAGCAGAUCCGUGCCAAGGGAAGGAAGCUUGCAAGAGGAAGAAGAGUCUAUUGGUUCGCCCAUCUCUCGUGAAGUAUAA